AUGGCGACCGAGAGGAUCUUUAGCUUCGAGGCUUGGCAGGCCGUUUGGCAGGCCGUUUGGCAGGAAUUUCUUAAGGACAUAAAGACCCUUCAUCAAAGAGGAAUUAUUCUGAACCCUCCACUCUUCAAGGUUGCCGGGGCGUACGCGGCUCAGGCGAUGAUUCCUACCUUCCGGUUCACGUCUGACAUAGAUGUGAUCGUGUCAGAUGCUCGAGAGAUCGAGAAUCUUCUCGCCCAAUACUAUCCAGCAAAAUAUUGCAUUGACGACGGACAGACAGAACGGAAUUUGUAUCGGAAACCUGGAACUCCUGGAAGCGAGCGUUCUUCGUGGUUCCCCAUAGAUCUUAUCACGAUCAGCAGCAUGCCUCAAGAACAUCCUGUCAUUUCAAACAUGUUUUCCGUGUACCAGAUAUCAAAUCGCCAGCAUGCCUUCGCUACUCUACUGGACCUCAUCGUUCUCAAACUCGGAGCCAUCUUCAGCACUACCCGUAACCGCGACAAGAUCCCGCAAGACAAGUUGGACCUCAAGACGCUCGUGAACUAUCAAAACGAUGUCAUGCGUCAAGUUAGAAGGCCAAAAUUGGACGCUACCGAAUGCUCAGGAGAAGACCUUCAUGCGCGCUACCUGUACUGCUACUACGACGGUCCUGAAGUAGUACGACACGUCGGAUCGAUCCUGUGUUCUUGGCUCUAUCUGAGUCCUGGUCCUAGGCCGAACCUUCUCAACGCCAGAGGCAGGACCGUUCUACGGGAUUACGAGCGUGGAAACGAGAGGCAACGUUGGGAGUCCGAACACGGCGACGUCAGCCUGAGCGACGACGAGGGCGACAUCAGCGACGACGAGAGCGACGAAGACUUGUAA